AUGGAACUUGUGUAUACAUAUGUUAAAAAGCAUGCCUCUGUGAGUUAUCAUUCAUGUGCAGACGAACCUCUUAAGAGCCAGUGUAAUGCACUAUUAUCUCAGUGUCAGCAACAUAAUGCCAGAUUAGUGGGUAAACAGAUAAAGAAAGUGGAAAAGGAGAGAUUGGCUAAUGAAAUCGCAGCAUUGAUUAGAAUAAAGGUUCUGUCGGAGGAAAUGGGAGAGAAAUCGGAAGCAGACAGUAGACGUGCUACUGAAGAUGUAGGGAGAUUCAGUGAGCAACUUCGAAAGAUUGCAACAACAUCCAGUAAUGAGAUAGAGAAAUUGCAGACAAAAGCAGAUAGCAUGUCGGCAAUAAAUAGGGGUCUAGAAGAGCAGCUUCAGAUGCAGAGAGCGGACGGUCAGAUGAAGAGCAAACUUUUAGAAUCAUUGCAAAUAAAGUUGUCAGAGAUGGAAGAGGUGGUUAUAUCUUUAGAAAGGAAAUUAGCAAAGGCAAACUCCCAGCUUCUUACUAAAGAGCAAUAUAUUGUAUCGCUCAACGAGCACAAGGGCUCAUGUGAAUUGGCCAGUAUCUGCACAGUCACUGAGGAAAAGAGCCGUUCUGAAACACAAUCAGAUAUUGCACCUAUGGCUGCAAAACAGAAUAACAGUGUGAUUACAAUCCAAGAGAGACUUACGUUAUGCCAGGUUCUGGGUGAAUUUAACAGUCUGGAAUCACCAAUGAGCCUGUCCAAUAAAUUUGAGGCUCUAGUACUUAAAUUCCACUUGAAUAAUGAGGAUGCAUGCUCUCUUCUGAAAGCAUGGCUACCAGGACCUGUGGUAGGCAAGUUGUCGGCACAGGUUAAUGAUAACUUAGCAGAUGCAGAAGUUCGGAGGAGAGAGUUGCGACGUAUUGUAGACAGUCGUGAUAAUGGUAUGAGUGAUUUGCAACGAAUGAAAUUUAGGAGAGGAAAUGACCCGAUAUUAUUCUGCAGUGAGUAUCUUGCAUUGUAUACGAAAGUGUUCAACUGUCCUGACUUAUUGGAGGAUGAUGCAAGUUUCAUAUACUCAAUGGCCAAUAAAUGUUAUGUAAGCUACCCUGCUAGAAUGGCUCUGAGAAAUGCUAGAUCCUACCAAAAUUUUGUUAAUAUCCUGCGAGACUACUGUCAGGAGUCCAGUCAUAGGGAAUAUGGGUCAAAGGCAGAUUUAUCCCUAAAAAGCAGAGGUACAGGAAGGCAUAGAGAGCUCAGACAUUCUAAAUGGAGUGGAGCCCUUGGGAUUGCUGGCAUGCAGCAGGAAGUGCCAGAAAUACAGGUAUCUGCAAUAAAACCCCCCCCCCAGGGUAAGAACAGCCUACCUCAAAAGUCUGAUAUGGAAGGUAGCAGCCAGGACAGAGCACACAAUUCUCAAGAGGAGAUAAUAAAUGACAGCCAACGCCCUAAUUACAGUCAACAAGACUGGAUGAACAUUCCAAUGGGUGCCCCCUGGGCUAAUCUACCGUUCUGGCUUGUAUGUAAUUGGAUGCAGAUGGCAUUGCCACUUUUCCUGUGCAAUAUGGCAAAGUUUCACAAUACUGCCUGCUUAGUAUAG